AUAGGAAUAUCCUCCCAUAGUAUUCCCGAGCCUCUUCCUGUGCCCGUCAAAAAACGUGAACUUAACGCUCCACAGUCGCCACUGUCCUCCCUCACUGAAAAAACCACUACAGCGAGGAGUCGCCUUCUCCACCCACUUUCUUCCCCAAAGGGGUAAAACCAGACAUUGUCAUGGCGAAUUUGCUCUCAACCUCUUGUUGGGUGAACCCUAAGCUUCACCACAAGCCAACAAGCAUAGGCUCAGCCUUUAUGCCUAACAAAUCUUUCCAGCUCAAAGUUUCCAGCUCACCCAAAGGGCUCGUCUCGCGAGCGAACCAUCCAAACCAAAGCACCAUCCGUGCUAGGGCCGUUUUGUCGGAUCAAGAGAGCAAAACCGAGACGGGGUUCGGGGCCCACCAGAGUAGGAAAAAAGUCAUGGUUAUUGGUGGGGACGGGUAUUGUGGAUGGGCAACCGCUCUCCACCUAUCCAACAAGAACUACGAGGUUUGCAUUGUUGACAACCUUGUUCGUCGCCUCUUUGACCACCAGCUCGGUCUUCACUCUCUCACGCCCAUUUCACCCAUCCACAACCGAAUAACCCGUUGGAAAUCUCUAACCGGAAAAGAUAUCCAACUCUUUGUAGGCGACAUUUGUGAUUUUGAGUUCUUAGCAGAAGCCGUGAAGUCUUUUGAACCGGACGCCAUUGUCCACUUUGGGGAACAAAGGUCUGCUCCAUAUUCAAUGAUGGAUAGGUCCAGAGCAGUGUUCACCCAACACAAUAAUGUGAUAGGGACACUAAAUGUUCUGUUUGCCAUAAAGGAGUUUAGAGAAGAGUGCCAUCUGGUGAAACUAGGGACAAUGGGUGAAUAUGGUACCCCAAACAUAGACAUCGAAGAGGGUUACAUAACAAUCACACACAAUGGGAGAACGGAUACCCUUCCGUACCCCAAGCAAGCGAGCUCCUUUUAUCAUUUGAGCAAGGUCCACGAUUCCCACAACAUUGCCUUCACUUGCAAGGCAUGGGGAAUCAGAGCCACUGAUCUGAACCAGGGGGUUGUCUAUGGGGUCACAACGGAUGAGACUGGAAUGCACGAGGAACUGGUUAACAGAUUUGAUUAUGAUGCAGUGUUUGGGACUGCUUUGAACCGUUUCUGCGUUCAAGCCGCUGUGGGUCAUCCUCUCACCGUCUAUGGUAAAGGAGGGCAGACCAGAGGGUACCUUGACAUUAGAGACACAGUCCAAUGUGUUGAGCUCGCAAUCGCAAACCCCGCAAACCAAGGAGAGUUUCGGGUAUUCAACCAGUUCACUGAACAGUUCUCUGUCAACCAGCUCGCUUCUCUUGUGACCAAAGCCGGAGAGAAACUCGGGCUUGAGGUGAAAACCGCGUCCGUACCCAACCCAAGGGUAGAGGCAGAGGAGCAUUACUACAACGCCAAACACACUAAACUCUUAGAGCUGGGAAUGCGGCCCCACCUCCUCUCGGACUCUCUCCUUGACUCGCUCUUGAACUUCGCCAUCCAAUUCAAAGACCGUGUUGACCCGAACCAGAUCAUGCCCAGCGUUUCCUGGAGAAAGGUUGCCGCGAAGCCGAAAUCUGUAGCAGCCUAAAUCCAGGCACCUUUCUGUUUUUAAUCUAUUAUACAUUUUGAUUGUACUUCUUAAAAAAAUUGUAUAUAUGAUGUGACGAAAGGAAUAUAUAUAUGUAAAACUAUAAGUCUCUUUAAAUCAAAGGAACCCAUUGGG